UUUGUUCUCCAAGAAAAGGAGGCGCGGUGGUUAUUAGAGUGGGGAAGAGUGGGGAUCUAAAAUCCGGGUUGUGCCACUUGUUCGCUGUCAGUCACCCGACUGGUCUCAUCUGGAAAAUGGGUGGGUGGGAAUCCCUGUCCCGAAGUUCCCUGAGAUAGAGCCCAGGUGGCUUGGGUGGAGGUUCCUGGGGUCGGAUCUGAGUUUGGGAGCGCGGGACGCGGCCCCUCCCGCGAAGGCCGCAGAGCCAAUGAGAACUGGGGCGCUCCCGUCGCCGGCCCCCACCCGCCUCGCAGCUUGCUUAGCAACCGCCCUCGUGCGCGUCUCCUCUGCCGGCCGCGUGCACGCCUGCUCCCCUCGGGGGUGCGGGAGCCUGGGGGCUGCCAUGGCCCCCGGCCACUUGUCAGUGCGGGAGAUGAGGGAAGAUGAGAGACCCCUGGUGCUGGAGAUGCUGAAGGCAGGUGUGAAGGACACGGAGAACCGAGUGACCCUCCACGCCCUGACGCGGCCACCAGCCCUGCUCCUCCUGGCAGCGGCCAGCAGUGGCCUGCGCUUCGUCCUGGCCUCCUUUGCCCUGGCCCUUCUCCUGCCCGUGUUCCUGGCUGUGGCAGCCAUGAAGCUGGGCCUGCGGGCCCGAUGGGGCUCGCUGCCUCCGCCAGGUGGCCUGGGGGGCCCCUGGGUGGCCGUGCGUAGCUCAGGCGAUGUGUGUGGGGUUCUGGCCCUGGCCCCAGGCUCCAGCGCUGGGGACGGGGCCCGGGUCACCCGCCUCUCUGUCUCUCGCUGGCACCGCCGCCGAGGUGUGGGCCGGCGGUUGCUGGCCUUUGCCGAAUCCCGGGCACGGGCCUGGGCAGGCGGCAUGGGGGAGCCCCGGGCCCGGCUCGUAGUCCCUGUGGCGGUGGCAGCGUGGGGUGUGGCGGGGAUGCUGGAGGGGUGUGGCUACCAGGCUGAGGGGAGCUGGGGCUGCAUGGGGUACACGCUGGUGAGGGAGUUCAGCAAGGACCUGUGACUCCGGACCGCGUGCGAGGGAGAGCACUGUGUGAGUGCUGACGGUGUGCAGGUUCUCCCUUGGUGGAUGCCCAGCCUGCCCAGGGCCCAGAAGCAGGUCUGCAGAGGGCGAGACACCCCACUGCAGGCCAAUAUCUGACUGUAGUGUCUGAACUUUUCAUAAAGGUCAACUGUCCAGCCCCCAACCCAGAUUUUGUCUGCACUAAGACCUCCUCAGUCUGGUGCCAAGGUUGCACCAUUUGUGUUCCAGGCCUGAGCCCAGGAGAGAGAAAUGGGGAGGAGGAGAGUGGACCCGCCAUAUGGGGUAGGACUUGUGGCAAGGGCACCCCAAGUAGGGACGAGGCCCUCCUGGGAGUGGGGAGGGGUUUACUGACUGCUCGGAGCGGGUCAGCAGAGCCUUUGCAAAGGAGGGUAGCCUACCCAGAAGAAGGCCCUGGCCAGGACAGGGUGGGCACCAGGCUGCCCAUGCCAGGCCCCUCCCCGGAAGGUGAGCUGAGAGGGGCCGCCAGACCCAUCUGGUUUUUUGCACCCGAUUGUUAAUAAAGCCUGAAACUGCUUUGUGCAGA